CCGGAGGCGUGGCUUCCCUUGGUCUUCCGCGGCCCAUGAGUCUAUAUAUAGGGGGGCGGGUCGCUGCCUCCCGCCUUCCCCGGAGGAGCUGGACCGCCGGGGAGCUCGCUGCUGGCCGUGUCCGAGCCGCUCCGGAGCCGUCCGGGGGCGGAGGACGAUGAACGGGACGCGCCACUGGUGUGCAGCGGUGAGCUUGCACCCCGAGGGGGAGAGCGCGCCAGUUCCAAAGUCCUACACAAUGGUGUCCGGCAGAUCAGUCAGUCAUUCCCUGUCAUCAGAGCUGGUAGAAUCCAAUGAUGGGCACGAGGAAAUCAUCAAGGUUUACUUGAAGGGGAAAACUGGUGACAAAGUCAUCCAUGAGAAGAAUAUUGAUCAGCUGAAAAGUGAAGUUCAGUACAUCCAAGAGGCUAGGAGUUGUUUGCAGAAGCUUCGGGAGGAUAUAAGCAACAAGCUUGAGAGAGACUCAAGGGACUUUCCUCAGCAGCAGGAGAUGCAGGUGCUGUUGGACGAGCCAGAUGGCUUCAGGCAGUCUUUCACUUCACUGUACAAGAGCCCCUCAGACAUGCUGGUACGAGGUCAUCACAACGAAGACCCCGAGAGCUUGAAGGAAACCGUCCGAGAGCUGCUGGCUAAGCUGCAGGAGGCUGAGAGGCAGCACCAGUCAGACAGGACCCAUUUCGAGACCACACUUAGCCGGUACCAGAGAGAAGCCGAGAUGAGCAGUUCUGCCCUUCAGAGAGCGGAGAGCAAGUUGGAGCAGAGAGAUGCGGAGGUUCUCGAGCUUCAGAGGUGCAUGUUGGGGAUGGAGAAGGAACAAGAGAGCUUGCAGGAGAAGGUCAGGGAAGGGAACACAGCCCUGGAGGAGCUUCGGACCCGCAGUGCUGACUGCCUUGCAGAACAGGAAAAAGCUGCUCAGCUGGAGAAAGAAGUGGCUGGCCUUCGGGAGAAGAUCCAUCACCUGGAUGACAUGCUGAAGAGCCAGCAGCGGAAAGUCCGGCAGAUGAUAGAGCAGCUUCAGAAUUCUAAAACGGUGAUUCAGUCCAAGGACACAACCAUCCAGGAGCUCAAAGAGAAGGUUGCCUAUUUGGAAGCUGAGAAUUUAGAAAUGCAUGACCGAAUGGAACACCUGAUAGAAAAACAGAUCAGUCCUGGAAAUUUCAGUACCCAAACCCGAACCAAGAGUGAUACCCUGGGAAGCGGCAGGAUCUCCAGGCCUCCAAAUCCUAAGCCCCUGCCUCUCAUCCGCGUGGUGGAAACCUGAGCCGUAAAGUGAAUAGUGCUGCUUGCUACCCUUACUGGCCUAAAGAGAAAACCCGUCCCCUGUUGUGUCGCAGACUUUUACUUCUUGACCGCUCCCUGGCUGCCCCGAGGCCCCCAUUUAUGCCUAAUUCUUGAGCUCCUUUCUUCUGUGUGCUGGGCAGACAGAGGAAGGGGAAGGCCUUCCUCUGGAGACCCGGAGCCUGUGAAGGAAGCCACCAGGACAGAAACCCACUUUGCUGGGCCCAGGACCAGGGUGGAUCCCGUGGUGACGCCCAUAAUACCAUGAUUGUUGCUGAUCUACAUUAGAGAGGAGAGUUUCCCUCUGAAAGUGGGUGUCGGACUGCCCCGGAGACCAGGGUUGCACAGGAGUGGGACGGGGUGCCCUGGCUCACCCAGCCCUGACACGGAGCAACAGAUAUCCACUUAGACUGGCUCUCAUCCUCAGGGACCGAACCUUUUUCCUCCUGUGUUGCUCCUAGCAAAACACCAUUUCCCCAUUUCUCUGCUUCCUAAGAUGGUGGGGUACCCACCAAACUUGGGAUCAUGUGGGUACAAUGGGGAUGAGUCUUACCUUAUGGUUAAAUUCCUAUUUUCCUGGGGAAUAGAAUGAGACAGAAAAAAAAUCUAUAUUCAGAAAAUGGAUCUGGAGCGGGAAGGGACACUGACAGCUAGGCCCUAGUCCUUGCUGUUUUUGGCUUCUACCACUAUUCCCAGAAACUUUUGAAGUGUUUUUGUUUGUUUUUUAUUUUUAUUUUUUCCUCCAUUUAAACUCGGCCCUAGAAACAUCCUAGCUUCCUGGUCCCAGAGCUUGGAGGAAAGUUUUUCCACCAGAUUGCAUGAGUCCCAGAGAAGCAGCAGAUGCUCCCCCAGUAUUUAUUUUGCUAAGUUAUUGGUGUCUUUGGUUAUGUCUUGUAGUUGUUUUAAUACCAAAGUUCUGGAACUUAAGAGUUGUGGCUUUUAUUUUUCUCAUGUGUUUUUCUGUGUUUUUCCUCUCCUCUCCCCUUCUCCCAUGCCCAAGUUGUAGACCAGGUAGGGAAUUGUAUGUGUGUUUACAUAUUCAGACUAUAGCGGGGCGGGAGAGCAGGUGGGAAAGGAAGUGUAUAUUGAUUGUACAGAGAAUUCAUGAGUAGGACUCUUUGGAAAAGGAUUUCCCUUGAAUCUCCCUUACCCUGCUUUCUUUCCCUCCUCCACCAUUCAGGAGCCUUUUGGGUAUACUGCCUCUGAAUGAUCUCUUCUAGGUCCCUGACUUGUAGCCUCAGGUGAUGGAGAAAUAAAGCAAAAGAGAAUUAAUGGAAUCCUAUAGAAAAAUAUUAACAAAAAGCAAAGCUCUUAAGUCCCUUAGCUCUGCCUAACUCAAAAGUAGAAAGCUCAAGUCUUUCUGUAUCUGUGUAGAGGUACUAGACCCAGAACUUGCUCCACCCCUGUAGGCAAGUCAUUCCAUGCUUCAGGUAACUCAUCUAUAGAGUGAAGAGUCUGAACUAGCCCAUUUCCAAAGUCCUUUCUAGCUCUAAAAUGUUUCCAGUCUAUACUCUUUAUAUGGUGAAUUGAAUAAAUUAUAUUAACGUGUCUCUUGAGA